AUGGAGGAAACGGAGGAACGGUUACGAAAGGUGUGGGAUGCAAGUCCACAGAGGGAGUGGAAAGAUAUCGAAGGCUAUGAAAGUCUGGCUUACAACGGCCGAUCACAAUUCUUCUUUGUAUGGUUAUCAGUGAUUGGAGUAGUAAUCGUGCUCGCCUAUUGUAAAUAUCGACGGAAUCGAUCAAAAUUCUGGAAGACGUUCUACUAUCACAGCGACUAUAAACUAUUCCCUUGGUCAUCCGAAACCACAACGGAGAAAAAAUACACUGCUUAA